UUGUCUUGCAACAAGGAAAGUAUAAAUUUCGUCAUUUCCCUUGGUUUUUUUCUUUUGCUUUUCUUUUGUUCUUUUAUACUUACACAAAGAUGCCUGGACUUCUUGAUUAUGUUGAUUUCUCUCAGCAAUCUUUAUGGCUUGCAGUGGCACACAUUUUGUUUAAUCCCAUCUUUUGGAACACAGUUGCAAGAGCAGAAUACAGAAAGAAGGUUUUGACCAAAUUGGCUGGUGGUAAUCCAUACAGAGGAACUUAUGGACUAGCCAUUACUAUUUUCACUUUGGGUAUCACUCGAGACUAUUUAUACCAUCAAGCAUUAGCUGACCAACCUACACAUCCCUUUUUCGAUCAAGAUAUGGUCAAAAUCACAGCCGCUCUCUUAUUUAUUACGGGUAAUACGCUUGUCUUGACUUCCAUGUGGGCCCUUGGUGUUACUGGAACAUAUCUUGGCGAUUACUUUGGUAUUUUGAUGAAGGAGCGUGUUACAGGUUUCCCAUUCAAUGUCUGUGACAACCCCAUGUAUAUUGGCUCUACUUGUGUCUUUUUAGCUACUGCUCUUUGGUAUCAAAGUGUUACUGGUGUACUCUUGACUGCUCUUGUUUAUGUUGUUUACAAGAUCGCUUUGACAUAUGAAGAACCUUUUACGGCCAUGAUUUACGCCAACAAGGAUAAGAAGAAUUAAGAUGUGUAUAUAU